CUAGACUGCAAGCAACGUAUUUGGUGUGACCGCGCACCGCAGCUGUUCACCGAUCCCCGUCAGUGCCCUCCUUCCUCCGCCUGGUCGCGCCGGCCAUGCGCAUCUUCGUGCUUUCCGGCCAGAGCAACAUGGCCGGCCGCGGUGGCGUCCACCGCCGGCGCUGGGACGGCGUCGUGCCGCCGGAGUGCGCGCCGUGCCCUUCCGUGCUCCGCCUCUCCGCCUCGCUCGACUGGGUGGAGGCCCGGGAGCCGCUCCACGCCGACAUCGACACGGCCAAGACCUGCGGCGUCGGCCCCGGGAUGGCCUUCGCCCGCGCCGUGCUCCCGCGCCUGGACCCCCCGGGCUCCGGCGUCGGCCUCGUGCCCUGCGCCGUGGGGGGCACCGCCAUCCGGGAGUGGGCGCGCGGGGAGCGCCUCUACGACCAGAUGGUGCGCCGCGCCCGCGCCGCCGCGGCCUUCGGGGAGAUCGAGGCCGUGCUGUGGUACCAGGGGGAGAGCGACGCCGAGUCCGACGCUGCCACGGCCGCGUACGGCGCGAACCUGGAGACGCUGAUCGCCAAUGUCAGGGAGGAUCUUGGGUUGCCGCAGCUGCCAUUCAUCCAGGUUGCUCUUGCAUCUGGGAACAAAAAGAACAUCGAAAAAGUGAGAGAAGCUCAGCUUGGCAUCAACCUGCCCAAUGUUGUAACUGUGGAUGCAAUUGGACUGUCAUUAAAUGAAGAUCACUUGCAUCUUACCACUGAAUCGCAAGUAAAGCUUGGAGAAAUGCUCGCACAAGCCUACAUGAGCAAUUUUUUGCCAGCAACAUGCUAGGAGUCCUCUGAGGUGAAAUAAUGUGUUCAACCCUGGAAAUUUGGCAGCCAAAUGUCUUUCGCUGUGAACAGCUAUAGUUCUUCAUUGUCUCAAUGACUGAAACUAUCUGAAUGUGAACCAUACACAGUUCAUCCUGCAAUUCUUAUUGUUUUUCUUGCAUAUAUUGCACAAAUUCUAACAUUUACCCUUUUAUGUACCAGUUCAUCUACCUACUGAUCGAUUGUUUGUUAUAUGCCUGUAUCCAAAUUUAACAAAUCUAGAGCAAAGCACCUUUAUCUCCUAAGAGGAAGAUAGUUUCUCCUUUUCAACUUAGGUCAAUAAGAUAAAAUUCUGUUCUUGUGGUUUUGUGUUCC